UUUUACUCUUGAUAUUGCACAUUGGUGCACUGUUGUUUGCUUUUGAAGGCGAUGCUUCGUAUGAUGCUCAAUUCUCCCUUGUCCUCGUAAGUGGUGUUACUCUCGACUUUGCUGGAGCAGAAAUCACAAUGGAUAGUGAUGACGGUGAUGCGUCCGUGAAGAUGAAUCAUAAUGGACAAUGGUCCACGAAUACUGAGAAUGCCAAAAGCAGCUUCCUUGAAGCUGGCGUUCGUAUGAGAACAGGUGGCUGGACCUUGGAAGAAAAGACCCGGGUCCAGAAAAAUGUGGAUCGUUAUCUCGUGAAGCAUCCUGGUCUAACGGUUGAAGAUGUGGUAUUCUCAUGGACGAAGGACCAAAGAAGAGGAUUCUACAAGAAAGCAGGCAAGGGCAUCAGGAGGCCACUAAAUAGUAUCUAUACGUACAUGAAACGGCGCUAUCAUCCGCACAAUUACUUGGGAAGCUACACUGAAGAAGAAGAAGCACGACUCUCCAAACUCUAUGCCAAAUAUGGCCCAAAGUGGACGAAAAUCGGCCGAAAGCUGAAAAGGAGUCCAGAGACUGUCGCAAUGAAGUACCGCUACAUGGAAGAUAAACGCAAAGUUGUGGAGAAGGACGGCCAUAUCAAGUGUGGUCAUUGGUCCGAGGAAGAAAGCCAUAUGUUGAAAGCUGCAAUGGCUGAGUUCCACGACAAGUUCUCCAUGGACACCCCAGUUGUGUGGGAUUCUGUUGCUAGGCGCAUCCCAGGAAAAACAGCAAAACAGUGCCGGUCAUUUUGGACACAAACAGGAUCCAUUAAGGCCUUUGCACAGGAGUGGACUGCUGCUGAUGACAUCAAGAUGAUUACUGUUCUCUUUUCAACGGAGGAUAUGGGAGAUGGGGAAAUCCCCUGGGCUGCCCUACAGCAAGAACAUUGGACAGAUUGGACUGUUGCUGCUUUGAAAGUGUUUUGGCAGCGUCUGAGAGCUGUUGUCCCUGGCUAUACUGCAUUGGUGCUGGAUGAGUUAUUACUAUGGCUCUAUGAUCAUCAUUUACCCAAGUUGCAGGCAUCUAUCACCUCGCCUGCUGACCAGGCAUGACGGGCAGCAUCUGUGUGAAUUAUGACCGUGUUCUGUUGAUCCGUGUUGAGGUAUGAGUUAGUUUACAGUUGUAUUUACUAUUUAUUCUCUGUGCAGUGUGUUGCUGUGUGCUUUUUUAUUAUAGUUUUUAGAUCUAGGUUAGGGAACAGAGGAUGCUACUGUAUAUAGCGUAUUGAUGAGUCAUGGUGCCACUGGCUGUUCUUGGCCGAUGCGCCAUAAUUUAGUUCUUCCAGCAGCUGGUGCGACUGCUUCCUUUCCCCUCUUGAACUGAACGCUUGACGCCGCCCACUCUUAGAACAGCAGCUUGCUCACUCUGUGAGCUUGAUUUCUCUAGUCCUGCUGUAGCUGUUACCCUCUUUUCAUCAUAUCACUGACUGUGCUGUUUUUGUGUUCAUGCCGAUGCUUUUCAAGCAGUAACAACAUGUAACGUUACUUUUUGCUGCAGGUCUGAUGAGUUUGUCUGCGACGGCGCUACGAUUGUACAGACUACAGUCGGUGAUGCUGUGCUGACAGUCGCAGGUAUCAGUACUGUUCUCGGCUUCUCCCAUUAUGGGAAACUGGGACUUGACGGUCUCAAGUAUGCUUGAAACACAGGCAGGAACUUGAAUACUACAGCAUUUGUAGUUCAACUUUGGA